AUGGGUUCGAGUUGGGAUCGUAAGGCGCAUAGGUGUAUUGUCUUCGGUGCCCCAUUGGUCGUAGAAGAGUAUGCAGUAUUUGUGUUGCGACCAAAAGUAGCAUCGUCGUUCUCGUCCAUUCUUCCGGCUCCGUCAUGGGAUAAGGCUUCCUCGUCGCUAGCCAUCAUUUCCGGCUCGUCGACCCGCGACACUGAUAGCUUAGCCCCACCCUUGACGCUUUCAACAGAAACCUUCGCUGGAGCCCCCGGAUUGGCAAAUUCAAAGUUACUCUUGAAUGGUUUACUUGAAGAUCCGGUAGGAGAAACUUGA